GCGUGUGGUUCCGCACCUUGAUGCGGCCGUCGCCGGAGGAGAGGGCGAGGAAGUCGGAGGCGGGGCUGAAGGAGGUGAGGAGGUCGCGGAUGGUGGCUAGGGCGGGCGCCAUGGCCCGCGAGUUGGCGGGUGGUCGCCGCGGCGGCGGGAGGGCAGGAGGAGAAGGGUUUAUGCGGCGGCGGCGGCGCGGCGGGCGAGGGUUUUGGUUCGAGCCAGGUCGCGCGCUCGUCUCUGGUUGUAUCUAUCUGGACUCGAGCGCGGCUGAGCCGGACCGAGACGGGCUAGGGUUUUCAAGCCCAGAGCAGCAACCGUUUCGCAACCCGCGAGCCCCAGAAAAGCCAUUCUGCCGCGCCGCGCCGCGCCGCGCCCGCCUCGUCCAACCCGCGCCGCCGCCGGAGAUGGAGCCCAGCGCCGACAAGCUACGCGGCCUCCGCAUCACCUCCCUGGACGACGAAGAAGAAGACGACGAGCCCGAACUGCCCCACCAGCCCCUGCCCGCCGCCGCCGAGGACUACGACGAUGACGACGAGGAAGAGGAGGCGGAAGUCAUGCUCGGUCUGUUGGAGGAGCCGAAGCGCCCGGGCCUCCUCCUCCGGCACCUCUUCCCCAGCAAGGCCGGCGGCAUCCCGGCCUGGUUGGAUCCCGUGAACUUGCCGUCGGGGAACACCUCCUGCUGCGGCUUCUGCGGCGAGCCCCUGCACUUCGUCCUCCAGAUUUAUGCUCCGAUUGGGGACAAUGAGGCGGCGACGUUUCACCGCACCCUGUUCAUGUUCAUGUGCCCGUCGAUGGAGUGCUUGCACCGAGACCAGCACGAGCAGUGGACGCGCAAGCAGGGCAAUCCUCGUAGAAGUGUGAAGGUUUUCCGGUGCCAGCUGCCCCGGAGCAAUGCCUUUUACUCAAGUGAACCUCCCAAACACAAUAACUCUGACAAGCCACUAUGUGCAGGAGCUGCUCUUUGUCAUUGGUGUGGUACAUGGAAAGGUGAUAAAAUAUGUGGUAGCUGCAAGAAAUCACGCUACUGUUCUGAGAAGCAUCAGGCACUGCAUUGGCGCUCUGGUCAUAAAAACGAUUGCCUACAGAUGAUCAAUUCUUCCGAAGCUUCAAGUUCUGUAAUGCCAGCUGUAGGGAAAGUUCCUGCUAGGGCUUCCUGGCCAGAAUAUAAGAUAACAAUUGACUAUGAAGCUGAUUCGGAUUCUGAUAGCUGUGAUGGAGAUGAAAGCAACUCAAAGUCGUUGGUGAUGCAAAAACAUAGUAAACCAGAUGAUUUGAUGCAAUCGUGGAUGGAUCAAUUUGAGGCUGAUGCUGACAACCAGUGUUGGGCACAUUUUGAAGAACGGAUCUCAAGAGAACCAAAGCAAAUAUUGAGAUAUUGUCGAGAACCAAAUGCAAAGCCUUUGUGGGCUUUGUCAGCUGGUCGCCCAUCCAAUGCUGAUAUCCCUUCAUGUGGCUACUGUAAAGGUCCACUAUGCUAUGAAUUUCAGAUAAUGCCACAGUUGCUGUAUUUCUUUGGUGUGAAAAAUGAACCAGACUCUCUUGAUUGGGCUACAAUUGUUGUGUACACGUGUCAAGGAUCAUGUGACCAAAACAUUAGCUACAAGGAAGAAUUUGCAUGGGUUCAGUUAUACCCUACAGCACCCUCACGGCAUUAGUAAUGUUUACGUAAUGUCUGUUCUUCACUGCUUCAGGGACAUCAUCCAUGUGCAUCUCAAGUUGAAGACAUGUGUUCCAAGCGAGAUAGCUUAGGCUUACCUACUAGCAGAGAUUUCAUAAUGGGCCUUUGAUGUUUCCAGAUCUUAAUGAGCCAGCAUAACGCUGUGGUCCCAAAACUCCGAAUGAUCUGAUGCUCGCUGCAUUGGCUCUGGUCGGUUUGGCCACUGUGACCCAUUAGAACCAGACAAGUACUAGUUGUUCAGCAACAUUAGUUUAGUAAUGUGUUUUUUUCCUUGAGACUCUUUUGCUCUUUUUAUAUGGAAUGUCUUUGUCAGUUUUUCGAGUUUAUGUUCAAGUUAGGAAGAUCCAAAGUUUUUCUGUUAUUCUUCUGGUAUAUGCUCUAUAUACAUGUAAAGAGUCUAAUCUCCAUUAUUUUAUCAGUUCAAAUUUUGGUCCA